AUGGCGCUGGAGCGGGCGCUGCAGGCGGCGCGACAGGGCGACGUGGAGGCGCUGCGGGGGCUGCGGGCGGCUGGGCUACUGCGGCCGGGGCUGCGGGACGCCCUGGGCGCGUCCCCCGCGCACCACGCUGCCCGCGCCGGCCGCCUCGCCUGCCUCCGGUACCUGGCGGCCGAGGCCGCGCUCCGCGGGGACGCGCGGGCGCGAAACGGGGCCACGCCGGCCCACGACGCCGCCGCCACCGGCAACCUCGCCUGUCUCCAGUGGCUGCUCACGCAGGGGGGCUGCGGCGUGCAGGACACAGACAACUCUGGUGCCACCAUCCUACACCUGGCAGCCCGCUUCGGUCACCAUGAGGUAAUCGACUGGCUCCUCCGCUUUGGAGGCAGCGACCCCACGGCAGCCACAAACACGGGAGCACUGCCCGUCCACUACGCCGCGGUGAAAGGGGAUUUCCCUUCCCUGCGACUCCUCUUGGGACACUGCCCCAGUACACUGAGUGCCCAGACCAAGACGGGGGCCACCCCGCUGUACCUCGCCUGCCAGGAGGGCCACCUGGAGAUCAUCCAGUACCUGGUGCAGGAUUGUGGGGCUGACCCCCACGCGCGCGCUUAUGAUGGCAUGACCCCACUGCACGCCGCCGCCCAGAUGGGCCACAACACUGUCAUCGUAUGGCUGAUGAGCUUCACAACGGUGAGCCUGUCGGAGCGGGACGCCGAGGGGGCCACGGCCAUGCACUUUGCCGCCAGCCGCGGCCACGCCAAGGUGCUGAGCUGGCUGCUGCUGCACGGCGGGGAGAUCACUGCAGACAGCUGGGGUGGCACACCGCUGCAUGAUGCCGCCGAGAAUGGCGAGCUGGAGUGCUGCCAGAUCCUGGUGGUGAAUGGUGCCGACCUCAGCAUCCGUGACCAGGACGGCUACACAGCAGCCGACCUCGCCGACUACAAUGGCCACAACCACUGCGCCCAGUACCUGCGCACCGUGGAGAACAUGAGCGUGGAGCACCGCGUGCUGUCACGAGACCCCUCGGCGGAUGGGGAAUGCCGACAGCCCGACUCGGGCAUGUCAUCACCCAACACCACGGCGUCGGUGCCCCAGGCGCGCUUCGAGGUGGGCUCCCCUGCCAGCACCCUCUCCAACUACGACUCUUGCCACUCCAGCCAGUCCAGCACCGGGGAGAAGAGGGGCGCCCCCCCUGACCCCCUGCCCUGCGCAGGGGUGCCUGAGCCGGCGCUGGCGGACAUGCAGGCGUACAUGGACAUGCUGGACCCUGAGAUGCGGCCACGGGGCCGGGGCCCAGCAGGCGAGGGUCCCCCACCGCCACCACCCCCUGCCUUCCCCCCACCACCGCCCCCACCNNNCACCCGGCCACCCCCGCCACCCCCCGGCUACCCUGCACCUGCGCCCCCAGCUGCCCCCCACACCGCUGACAUCUACGUGCGGGCCAAGAACAACCUGCGUCAUGUGGAGAGCCAGGCACUGCGCCGAGAGCUGGCAUCGCGUGACAGCAGUCCCGAAGGCCUGCGCCGGGCCGACUCCAGCAGGCGGUCAAGGAAUUUCGGCAAGCAGCCGAGCACCGGUGACUACUACAAGCACCUGGGGCACGUUGUGGCCGAGCAGCCAAGCCCCCAGCGAAUGGCGCACACCGAGGAGGUGAGCCCCGCGCCGAGAGCCUGUGCACAGCUCAGUGCACCGGCACCGAGCAACGCCUGCCGUGCUCUGUUGCAGGCAUCACCCAUCUCGGCGGACACCAUGAGCAACGGGGAGAGCAAACCUGGUGCCGAGCUGCCGCCUCCACCCCCGCCCCCACCACUGCCCGACACCGCCUGCCCGACGCCCCCACCGCCGCCCCCGCCCGUGGAGACUCCCGCCGGGCCCCGCCGCUCCUCCUCCUCUACGGGAAGCACCAAGUCGUUCAACAUGAUGUCCCCCACCGGCGACAACUCGGAGCUGCUGGCCGAGAUCAAAGCUGGGAAGAGCCUCAAGCCAACGCCACAGAGCAAAGGCUUCACCACUGUCUUCUCCGGCAGCGGCCAGGCAGGGGCCAACGCAGAGUCGCCAGUGUCCUCCCCGUCACCCACCAGGACGCCCACCCCGCCGGCCACCCCCGAGGCUGCUGGGCCACCACGCUGCCUGGCAGGCGGCUCACCAGAGCCUGUGCUGAACGGAAGCUCACCGGUGCCGGCAGCAGGCGCUGGUGCAGCGGUGGAGGUGGAGGCGCUGGUGCCGAGCCAGGACGAGCAGGGUCGGCCCAUCCCGGAGUGGAAGCGGCAGGUGAUGGUUCGCAAGCUGCAGCUCCGCAUGCAGGAGGAAGAGGAGCAGAGGCGCAAGGAGAAAGAAGAGGAGGCGCGCCUGGCCAGCAUGCCGGCCUGGAGGAGGGAUAUCCUGCGCAAGAAGCUGGAGGAAGAGAGGGAGCAGAAACGGAAAGAGCAGGAGAAGCUGAAGCGGGAGGAGGAGGAGAAGGAGAAGGAGCAGUCGGAAAAGCUAAGGACUCUCGGGUACGAUGAGACAAAGCUGGCGCCCUGGCAGCGACAGAUCAUCCUCAAGAAGGGGGACAUAGCCAAGCACUAG